AUGCCAGGCGGCUAUCCGCAGAACGGCUCGAUGGUCCCCUACGGGAAUUAUCCCAAUCCGAACAACCCCUUUGGCGCAGCCGGCAUGCCCCAGGGCCAGCUCACUCAGCACGGCGGCCAGCACGGGGCCAACUUCUUCGGCGGCGAGGGAAGGGGCAUGUAUGAUAUGAUGCCGUAUCAGGGCUACUACGGCGGCGCACCCGGCCCCGGAUACAAUCUUCCCAACCACAUGCAGCAGUAUCACUUGACACCACCUCCACCCCCCCCGACUGAGGCCCCUACCAAACCUGCCACUCCAGCCCCUCCGAAGGAAGAUCCUGACAAGAUUCGCCUUGAAGCCGAAAUCGCUGCGUUCAAGGCUGCAGAGGCGAAGAUUGCGGCUGCUGAGAAACAGAAGGAGAUUGAGGCGCAGAUCCGGAAGGAUGCUGAGGAGGCCUUCCAGCAAAGAAUGGAAGCCAUGAGGAUCGCCCAGGAGCAUGCCCAAAAGCAGAUUGAGAAGGCCAAAAUCGAGGCCGAGAAUGCUGCCCGAGAGCGAAUCGCGGCCGAACGCAAGGCCGAGGAGGAACGUGUGCGGAAGCACGCCGAGGCCAUGAGAGACGCUGAAGAGAAGGCAAGGGCCAAAUUUGAGGCUGAGCUCAAGGCUGCCGAACUCGCCCGAAAACGGGAGGCUGAAGCACGGGCUCUGGCUGAAGCGGAAGCAAAGGCGAAGUUCGAGGCUGAGAUGAGAGCUGCCGAGGAGGCGAGAAAGAGAGAGGCUGAAGCUCGCGUUAGGGCCGAAGCGGAAGCAAAAGCGAAGUUCGAGGCCGAGAUGAGGGCCGCUGAAGCGAGAGGAAAGAAGGAGGCCGAGGAACGAGCCAGGGCUGAGGUCGAAGCCCGAAGAAGAUUCGAGGCAGAGCUCAAGGCUGCUGAGGAGAUGAGGAAGAAGGAGGAAGAAGCCAAAGCUCGAGCUGAGGAAAUGGCCCGGAUCCGCCUCGAGACGGCGCUCAAGGCGGAGGCUGCGGCCAAGGCGGAAGCAGCCCGGAAGGCCCAGGAGGAGGCCGAACGCCUUUACCGAGCCGAGCAAGCGGCCAAGGCCGCGGCCGCCGCGGCCGCUGCGGAAGAGGCGGCGCGCGUCAAGAAGAUGGAGGAAGACGCCAAGGCCAAGGCAGAGGCGGAUGCCGCCGCAAAGGUUGAGGCCGACAAGGUUGCUGCCGCAGCAGCAGCGGAAGCGGCGGCCAAGGCCAAGGCGGAAGCCGAAGCUCUUAAGAAGAAAAUUGAAGAGGAUACCAAGGCCAGCAUCGAGGCCGCCGCGAAGAAGGCGGAGCAACUCCCGAUUAGGUUCAAGGAUGCGGUUGGGCGGAAGUUCAGCUUCCCAUUCCACCUAUGUGGAACCUGGCAGGGCAUGGAGGACCUCAUCAAGCAGGCAUUUUUGCAGGUGGACGUUCUUGGUCCCCACGUCCAGGAAGGUCACUACGACCUCAUCGGACCCGACGGUGAGAUCAUCCUCCCCUCGGUUUGGGAGAAGGUGGUGCAGCCGGAUUGGGCCAUCACCAUGACCAUGUGGCCAAUGGACAAGUCGCCGCAAAUUGGGCCCAAGCAUGGAAUGCCGGGUCGACAUGGCCACAUGCCCAUGCCCCCGCCCGGACGGAUGCCCCCGGGCAUGGCACCGCCGGCGGGCAUGAUGCCGCCUGGCCGUCGGCCGGGUGGGCCUCCCGGCGGCAUUCCCCCCGUUCCAGGAUGGCAUGGCGGGGGCCGACCAAUGCCUCCCAAUAUUAUCAACGUAAACCCACCCGCCAAACCGAAUGGCAAGCCGUCGUCGAAGAAGAAGCAAGACUCGUCUUGGAUUGGAUUUUUGGCUGGGAAGCCGCCGAAGAAGAAGUGA